CUUAGAGGUCCCCAUGGAUAGCUGUGCCACUUCUUGUGGUAGGCAUUACUGGUUGGAAGCGGGACCCACGGACUUGCUGGAACGCAAGGGUUCCCUCACCCUCCGCUCCCAGGAUAAGAAAUAUUCCAAGUGUGUGUUGGUGAAUUCCUGGGACAAAGUCAGAGAAGCUUAUCCCAAAGAUUAUGAUGUGGACCAGAGUGAUAAUAAAAAAAACCUGAGCAAGUCAACAUAUCAGAGACUUGGAACUGAUGAACCCCUGGUUUGGGUGUCAGAAGCUCAAGAACAAAUGUCAAGUAUUUUGACAAACAAAAAUUUUGUUGAAAUAAAGAGCAAGGCUCUAGUGAAUGAGGAAACAUUGUGCUCUGGAAUGAUUAAAAGGGACAUUGGACUGCCCGGAACAGGCUUUGGAUCUCUCUUUUCUAGACAUCCACCAGACCAUUGCAAAAUGUAUAAUCUGACAACAUAUGCUGAAGGAUACACUCCACCACAUGAUUAUCAGCCACACCAAUACCCUUGUGACUAUUCACUAGUACACAGAAAAUGCCAUUCUCAGUUCACAGAUCUAAAUGGUUCCAAAAGAUUUGGCAUCAACACUUGGCAUGAUGAAAGUGGGAUUUAUGGUAAUUCACAUAUGAAAAAAGAACUCUACUCAUUAACCCAGAGUCCUAUUGUUCCCAUGUAA